ACCGCUUGUUGUCUAAAGCUUUUCUAAAAACAAAUUUGUUAAAAAAAAUCUUUUCAAAAUCUUCACCUAUUUUGUUCACGUCCAACGAAAAAAAAUAACAAUUUAAUGUCAUGUGUGUAGCUUCAUCAUGAACUCGAACGGAGUCUGCCGGCAAUGUACAUAAAUAGAAAAAUGAACCAAAACAAACAGAUUCUGUGUUAUCACCAAAAAAAAAAAAACAAUCACAAAACCCCACCAACUAACCAAGGCACGAAACCAGCUUGCUGUGCUCCGAUUCGAGAAAACAGACAAUAAACUCGACAAAGAUACCUACAACAGAAAGACAGACAGUGUCAUAUCAUUCGUACAGUCUUGUCGUAUCAGAUAAGUUGUCGCUGCCUCAAACUUUAUAAGAGGAUUAAAGUCGAGACGAGCUGCUGAGUUGGUUGCUUUGAAGAUCACAUCUUUAUGGUUUGAACGACAGUUCCCCAUUGUUUUUGCUCUUUAUCAGUGCUAGAUUGAUUCAAGUGUAGCAACGCAAUGUCUGUCUUUCUAGAAAGCCCUUUGAACGUUGCUCGCUAUGACAACUAUCGGUUGUAUCGGGUGUUGUUGGGUAACGAGCAACAUGUUCAGCUGCUACAGGAUCUGGAGGCUAAGUGCGAUAGUUGUACGUUUUACGGACAUGCAAGGCAGCCCGGGCAGCUGCUAACGAUUAUGGUUGCUGCCAGUAAGAUGGCGGAUUUUGAGGAUCUACUGAAGAGGUUUAACUUUGAAUCAAGCUUACUGGAAACCAAUAUCCAAUCCAGAAUCGAUGUUGAAGCAAAACACGUUAAACCUGCGUCAGCUACAGCUUCAGAAUUCGAUUGGAGCCAUUACUGUCAUCUGGAAACGAUCUACGCUUGGAUGGAAGACCUAGCAGCUAAGCAUUCGUUCAUCUCAGUUCACAGCUUGGGAACCAGCUUUGAAGGACUUCCUAUCAAAGGUAUCAAGCUUUCUCGGAAGGCUGGCAACAAGGCAAUUUUCGUUGAAGGAGGCAUUCACGCACGAGAAUGGAUUUCUCCGGCCACGGCUACCUUCAUUUUAAACCAGCUAAUAACUUCAACUGAUGAGAGGAUUAGGAAAUUGUCUACCGAUUACGAUUGGUUCUUCUUUCCGGUUGUCAAUCCGGAUGGGUACAAGUUCACAUUCGAAGGUGACCGAUUGUGGCGGAAGAAUCGAAAACCCUAUGGGUUGUUCCGAGGGGUUGAUCUCAAUCGAAACUUUGACAGCAACUGGGGUGGGAUCGGGUCCAGUGAUGAUCCCGGAAGCUACGAUUUCUCCGGCUCGGGUGCCUUUUCGGAACCGGAAGCAGCGGCUAUAGCGGAUUUCAUCCGCAAGAAUGCCGAGAAGGAGCAAAUUAAAGCUUACAUCGCGUUGCACUCUUAUUCACAGAUGCUGAUGUUUCCCUUCGGUCACACGGAGGAAAAAAUCUCGAAUUAUCAAGAUCACAAAACGAUCACCGCGAAAGCCAUCGAAGCCUUGACAGCCGUCCAUGGGACGAAGUUUACGGGAGGAAGCAAGUUCGAAACUAUUUACCCCUCGAGUGGGGGUAGCAUCGAUUGGGCCUACCAGGAGGGAAAGAUUCCGCUGAGUUUGACUUUCGAACUGCGGGGUCCACCGGAUUCGACCGAUAUGUUUAUCCUGCCGGCGGACCAAAUCAUUCCGGUCGGGCAGGAAACGUUGGAGGCGUUUGUGACGAUCGUCCAGGAAGCUACCCGGCUGGGUUACUUCCAGUAGCAUUUCAAUUAUUUAAAAAAAAAUUUUAUGU